AUGGCCAUUCCUCCAACGAUAGGCCUCUCAAGAACCGAGCUAUCAGAGCGGAGUCAGCGGACAGCUGCAGGAAUUAUGAACCACAUGACGGGCCACGGCAAGUAACACGCAUACAUGCUCGGGUCACUGGGUGCAGCGCUCUUAUCUUUAGUGAUCAAUAUGGCUCAUGCAAUUCCCACCGACCAUGCCUACUUCAAAGGGCAUCGCAUUGAUAACUGGUUCUGCUCAAGGAAUUGGUCGUAGCAUCGCUCUGCGGCUCGCACAAGAUGGCUUUGACAUUGCUCUCAAUGAUCUACCCAUCAAGGGUCCCCAGCUGGAAUCGGUAGCGACUGAGAUCAAAAGCUUAGGGAGACAAGUCUGCAUUGUUCCCGCUGACGUGACUGUCGACGAACAGGUCAAAGAAAUGGUCGACGGUGCUGUUACCAAUCUUGGUGGAUUGGACGUCAUGGUUGCUAAUGCUGGAGUGACGACAGGCGGCUCGCUUCUAUCCUCAACUGUAGAGUCAUGGGAUCAUAUAUUGGCAGUAAAUGCCCGUGGACCUUAUCUCUGUUACAAGUAUGCUGCCAUGCAGAUGAUUGACCAGGGGCGUGGCGGUCGCAUCAUCGGUGCGAGCUCACUCCUGGGGAAAGUGGCUUUUCCCUACCAUUCUCUUGAGCUCGGCAAACAUGGGAUCACUGUAAAUGCAUAUGCUCCUGGCGGGAUACCGACUGAUAUGGUCAAGGGUAUCAUGGAUGAGUCUGGGAAGAUGGAUUUUUCAGGAUAUAUUGACGAUCCUGUCGCGAGGAAAUGGUCUACGUCGAAUAUUCCUAUCAAGCAUGUUGGACAGCCUGAAGAUGUAGCUAGCAUUGUAAGCUAUCUCGCGUCGAAGGAAGCGCACUUCAUUACCGGUCAAUGUAUUUCCGUCGAUGGAGGAAUCAGCAUGACCUGACAAAUGCCCCGUUAACAGUUUUUCUCCUCGCAGAUACUAGGUAUGGUUUUAACAAUCAACUUACUUCAGAUUUCGUCCGAGAACACCGAUUCGAAAG